UAAUUACCCAUCGCUGCCAACGUUUAUGGGAAAGAAGAAGGGUUCAAAACUGGCAAAUGAACUUAGUUCACCUGGGUCAGCAAACGUUCCUAAGCAUGCUGUGAUAGUCAUGGAUGGCCUCAAGGAAUUCACCACGGAGCUGUUGGAAUGGGUGCUUGAAAACAUCAUAGCUUCCGGUCACAUAGUCACCCUCCUUGGUUUCAUGCCCUGGUUGAACAUCCCUUUGUUUUCGAAGACCUGGCAAGAUGUUUGGAUGCUGGAGUUCGAGCACUUGUCUCUUAUAAAAGAGAAGAACGAGUGGAAGAAUGAUGCCAAAUAUCUAAAGCUCCAAGCAGUGCUGGACCUUUGCAGAAAACAUGGGGUGGUGCCUCAGAAAGAGAUCGUAAUGGGGUAUCCCCUCCCAUUGCUCGUUGUCGAAAGAAUUAUAAGCCUUCGUGCAACAUGGGUUGUUUUCGACAGUAACCGGGAACUGAGAAAGAACAGGGAAUUCUUUGCUGAAAAAAUACCCUGCAAUAUGGUAAUGAUGAGUGAGGAAGGGGACAUGGACAUGAUCAAAGGGCGUCCCAUGAUUGAUAGUGGAGAGCACACUCCUAGUGAUCAAUCUCCAGGCUCGUUGGCUCCUACUCCGCUGGUGAUUUAUUCUGAACCUUUGAAACGAAUUCUGGAGGAGAAGGAGCUAGAUAUAGACGAUGAUGAUUAGUUCUUCCUCGAGUCACUGAUGAUAUAACCUGAGCAAAGAUAUAUGGUACAACUCCGCGUAGGAUGUAAACGUGACAAGGCUAUGGCCUAUGGCUUUGUUUUUUCAGCCAACCAGAGUUAUACUUACCCCGCCCCCUUCCAAACUAGUUUAUUUUCCCCUUUUCUCUGAACAUUUUCUUCUGCAAUAAUA